GGACUGCUGCUGUGCGUGCAGCUCUGCAGGGGCACCGGGGAGCUGCGACUGGUUGACGGAGGCAGCCGCUGCGCCGGCCGGGUGGAGGUGAAGCACGAGGGCCAGUGGGGCACCGUGUGCAGCUAUGACUUCAUCUGGGAUGUCCGCGGGGCCUCCGUGGUCUGCAGGCAGCUGGGAUGUGGCACCGUGGCCAGGACUUCCCCAUACACCCCAUUUGGGGCAGGGGCUGGCCGGAUUUGGCUGCAACCCUUCUGCCGUGGCACCGAGACAGCGCUCCACUACUGCCCCCACUAUGGCUGGGGCCAGCACUACUGCGGACAUGACUGGGACGUGGGGGUGACAUGCUCAGAUGCCGUGGAGCUGAGGCUGGUGAAUGGAGGUGGUCCCUGUGCCGGCAGAGUGGAGGUGAAGCUGCGGGGCCAGUGGGGGACGGUGGCAGAUAAUGAAUGGGACAUGGAAGAUGCCGAGGUGGUGUGUCAGCAGCUGGGCUGUGGCUCAGCCAAAAGCGCCCAUGCCUGGACCCGCUUUGGGAAAGGGUCUGGACCAAUUCAUCUGGCUGUCGUUGACUGUCGCGGGGAUGAGUCCGCCCUCUGGGAAUGUACUAUCAAGGGAUGGGAGCUGUACAAUGGAAGCCAUGGCUGGGAUGUUGGCGUGGUCUGCCAAGGGUUUGUGCAGCUGGUCGGUGGGGACAGUGCCUGCUCGGGUCGUGUGGAGGUCAGGCAGGGCCGAGGCUGGGCAACCCUCUGCAAGGCCCACGUGGACCUCAACGCUGCCCAUGUCAUCUGCAAGGAGCUGGGCUGUGGAGCAGCUCUGGCCGUCACCGGGGCAGCACACUUUGGGGCAGGAGCUGGGCCCAUCUGGGACGGGGGCUUUGAGUGUGCAGGCAACGAAUCCCUCCUGUCUGCCUGCACCCGCAGGCUGCCCCAUGGCCAGGGCUGCACGCACACCAGUGACGCUGCCAUCAUCUGCUCCCCCUACACGGGCUUCAGACUGGUGAAUGGCAGCACAGAUUGCACAGGGCGGGUGGAGCUGGAGGCACGCGGCACCUGGGGCUCCCUCUGCGACGCUGGCUGGGACGUGCCCGAUGCCCAGGUGCUCUGCCACCACCUCGGCUGCGGCUUUGCCGCCUCUGUGCCCCGUGGAGGGUAUUUUGGGACAGGGAGCGGCCCGCUGUGGCAGGACACUUUUCACUGCAGCGGGACCGAGUCCCACCUGGGAGAGUGCCCUGCCAUGGCGCUGGGGACCCCCGCCUGCUCACCACGCCACGCUGCCGCAGUCAAUUGCUCAGGUGGUGCUGAACCCCUGCGGCUGGUGGACGGGGAGAGCCGCUGCGAUGGCCGCCUGGAGGUGGCCCUGGGUGGGGCCUGGGGCCGAGUCCUGCCACAGCAGUGGGAUGCCAGCAGUGCCAGUGUGGUGUGCCGGCAGCUCCGGUGCGGCACAGUGCAGAAGGCCUACACCACCCCAGUGCUGGGGCCAGGCUCGAGCCCCCUGGUGCUGGGCGGGCUCCGGUGUGCGGGCACGGAGGCUCACCUGGCCCAGUGCAACGCCACGCUGCACAGCACCGUGCCACCGGGCCACGUCAAGGAGGCAGCGGUUGUGUGUUCGGGGAGCCAGCAGGUGCGGCUGGCGAGCGGCCCUGGGCGCUGUGCUGGGAGAGUGGAGAUCUACGUCCAGGGGACCUGGAGUCACGUCUGCGAGGAUGCCUGGGACCUCCGGGAUGCCGCCGUCGUCUGCCGCCAGCUGGGCUGCGGAGAGGCCCUGGCAGCGCCCGGCUCGGCCCACUACGGCCGGGGCUUGGGGCCAGUGUGGCUGGGCGCCGGCGGCUGCUCCGGAGCUGAGGCAAUGCUCUGGGACUGCCCAGCCCCAUCCCCGGCCCCAGCCCUGGGGCAGCGUGGUUGCAAGCAGGGCGCCAGUGUGGCAGCCAUCUGCUCAGGUCAGUGCUCCCUGCGGCUGGCGGGCGGCAGCAGCUGCACCGGGCGCCUGGAGGUCUUCUACAAUGGGACGUGGGGCAGCGUGUGCGCCAAUGGCACCAGCCCCGCCACAGCCGCCGUGGUGUGCCGGCAGCUGGGCUGCGGAGCCACGGGACGGCUGGCAUCUGCACCGGCAACCACACAGGGCUCAGGCCCCGCGUGGCUGGCCUGGGUGCAGUGUGAGCUGGGGGCCGACUCCCUCUGGCACUGCCCCUCAGCACCCUGGCAGCUGCAGCCCUGUGACUUCCCUGGAGACACCCACAUCACAUGUGACGGGGACCCUGGCAGCACCAGAGUGACUCCCACGCCAGCCAUGGCAACUGGAUGCCCAGACGGCGCAGCCUGCACAGGUGCCCACAGGAGCCCCACAGCGGGUGCUGGGGCCAUGCCAGUGCCCACCAUCCUCUGCAUCAUCCUGGGGACCCUGCUCUGCCUGGCCCUGGGGGCUCUCGCCAUGCAGGCAUGGCGCACCAUGGCUCAGCACAGAGGCCCUGGCAGAGCUGGAGACACAAUCUCUGAGGCCGUCUAUGAGGAGCUCGACUAUACUCUGACGCCGGAUUACCAGGAGGUGCACAGUGGCUCAGACACCCCUGCCCUGUCCAAGCAUGACCCCCCGGAUGGGUACGAUGAUGCCGUGGCCAUGCAGCACCCGAGAGAGGCCGCUGCUCUGGGGCUGAGAGACGGAGAUUUCUCUGAGGCAGCGGCGCAGGCAGUGGGGAGCCGGCCCUCACUGAACCACCCGGAGCCGCCGGGAGCCACAACAGACGCCCCAGCCUCAGUGCCCAAGGACGUGGGCUACGAUGAUGUUGGUGUCAGCGGCCCCAGGACGUCACUCCACCACAUGCUUGCCAGUGGUGUCCAGGAUGAGCUGCUCCAUCACCUUGGCAGGGAUCGAGCCUACACGGGCUUCAGACUGGUGAACGGCAGCACAGAGUGCACAGGGCAGGUGGAGCUGGAGGCGCACAGCACCUGGGGCUCCCUCUGCGAUGCCGGCUGGGACAUGCCUGACACGCAGGUGCUCUGCCACCACCUCGGCUGUGGCUUUGCCACCUCCGUGUCCCACGGAGGGUGUUUCGGGACAAGGAGCGGCCCGCUGUGGCGGGACACUUUUCACUGCUGUGGGACCGAGUCCCACCUGGGAGAGUGCCCUGCCAUGGCGCUGGGGACCCCUGCCUGCUCGCUCGGCCAUGUUGCCGCAGUCAAUUGCUCAGGUGGUGCUGAACCCCUGAGGCUGGUGGAUGGGGAGAGCCGCUGUGACGGGCGCCUGGAGGUGGCCCUGGGUGGGGCCUGGGACCAAGGCCUGGCCCAGUGCAAUGCCACACUGCACAGCUCUGUGCCACCAGGCCGCACCCAGGAGACGGCGGUUGUGUGCUCAGGCGCGUGUGCCGGGAAGGGCCCCAGGGCACCACAGGGGCCCGAGCAGCUGCCCCAGCCUGGGCUGUCUCUGGCUGCAGGGAGACGACAGGUGCGGCUGGUGAGCGGCCCCAGGUUCUGCCCCAGCAGAGUGGAGGUCUAUGUCCAGGGGGCCUGGAGCUGCAUCUGCAAGGACACCUGGGACCUCUGGGACGCCGCCGUCGUCUGCCACCAGCUGGGCUGCGGCCUGCUGGCAUUUGUAUGCAGCCCAUACCGGAAUGCUGAGGUCUGA